AUGGAGGGUGUAUUUUUCAACGUCGACAACGGCUUCAUCGAAGGUGUCGUCAGAGGUUACAGAAACGGACUGCUUACGGGCAAUCAGUACAUCAAUUUAACCCAGUGUGACACGUUGGAAGAUCUCAAAUUGCAACUUUCUGCAACUGAUUAUGGCAAUUUCUUGUCGUCGGUUGCGUCGGAUGCACUAACGACUUCCAUAAUCCAAGAAAAAGCGUCUUCCAAGCUGUACCAAGAGUUUCAAUAUAUACGGGACCAGACCAGCUCUACGACAAGAAAAUUCUUGGAUUUCAUCACUUAUGGUUACAUGAUCGACAACGUUGCUCUUAUGAUCACGGGGACCAUCCACGAUCGCGACAAAGCGGAAAUUUUGCCUCGUUGUCAUCCACUUGGUUGGUUCGAUACUUUGCCCACGUUGACCGUUGCCACAGAUCUAGAGUCGCUUUACGAAACUGUGUUAAUCGACACACCACUAGCACCAUAUUUUAGAGAUUGCUUCGACGCAGCGGAUGAACUUGACGAUCUCAACAUUGAAAUUGUUAGAAAUAAGCUGUACAAAGCGUAUCUAUCCGACUUCUACGAAUUCGUGUCCACCGAAGUCAAUGAGCCCGCUCGUGAGGUCAUGCAAGCCCUAUUACGUUUUGAAGCUGAUAGAAGAGCUAUAAACAUUUCCUUAAACUCUUUGCAAAGUGGCGAUCUAAUCACCGCUGAUAUGAAACGCGAUUUACUGCCAGACUUUGGUAAACUGCACCCAAUCGGCACUCAACAGCUAGCCACCACCGGAUCUGACUUUGAAUCCGUCAGGGCAAUCGUGGACAGUGUCUAUGAGUACCGUGGAAUUUUCGAGUCCGGAAAUUUGGAAGAUCAUUUUUACAGGAUGGAGAUGGAUCUAUGCCUCGACGCAUUCACUCAACAAUUCACCGUCAGCACCAUCUGGGCUUGGAUGAAGUCGAGGGAGCAGGAAAUUAGAAACAUCACCUGGAUCGCAGAAUGCAUUGCGCAGAACCAGAGAGAAAAGAUCACCAAUUACAUUUCGGUGUAUUGA